CCUCAUGUCUGAUAAUUAUUAACUUAAUGUAAGAGAUUUAACAAUAUAAAUAAAUUAGUUGCCUUAAUUUCCAGAGAAGUCAAUUUUCAGUUCAUGGUUUUAGAGUAGUGAAAGCAAAGAAGAAUUACAAGAACAUCUUAAAGCUAUUUAAGCUUACUUAGCUUAAAUUAAUAAGUAAAAAAAUAUUUAUAGUUAAGAAUUUUAAUCUAUAAGCCUGAUGCUAUAAAUUAUUUUGUUUGCAAUACAUUCGAUCCUGAAAGACUAAAGCUCUUAACUUUUGGUAAAUUAACGAAAGAGAUACUUUAUAAUAAUUACAUAAAAUCAGCAUAAAUAAAGAAGAGUUAAUUUAAUAAAGUGUUUAGAGUGAGUGUUCGAUAAGUGACUCUUGCAAUUCAUUAAUAUUUAAUACCUCAAAGUGAUUUUGCUAAAGCUGAAUAUGAAAAUUUUAAGAGAUCAUAAUUAUUGAUAUCAGAUUUCACUUAUAUUGUAAAAUGCUUUGAGAUAGGUCACCUCAUUAAAAAUAAAUCUUUCUUUAAUAAGAAGAUCAAGAAAACUGUAUAUAAUAAAUUUCUUAAAAUGGUUGACUUAUAGUAUGAUACUAUAUAUGCAGUUGAAGAAUGGGUAGAAUAACCAAUGAAUGAAGUUAUAUUUUUAAGAGCUUAAACUCAUAAUCUAUUUUAAUUAGAAGUUAUUGUUGAAGCAAUUAUAACAUUAGUAUCAGUGGCUCAAUAUUUAUAAUUUUUAUAGAUAUUUUAGAAAUAGUUCUCUGUAAGUUAUUUGUUUUAUGAUGAAAAUAAAGGAUUCAAAGUUGGUGGUUUAUCUCCUGUUCUUGCCUACAAAAAGAAAUAUCAUGUUUAAUAUAAUUAAGAUAUUAAUGAUUAUUAAGCUUUAUAACCACCUGAAAAUAAUACAUCAUCAAUAUAAUAUGGUUUCAAAAACAAUUUUAAUGUUUCAUCUAGAACAGAUGUUUGGUAAAUUGGUAUAGUCAUUUUAUCAAUGGCUUCACUUACAUUACCUGCUGAAUUGAUUUCAUAAGAUUAAAUUGAAAAUAAAUUGAAUUUAGUUUCAUUUUAAUAUGGGUAUGAUAUUAUUAAAAUUAGGGAAAUGUUAGGAAAUUUAAUUAGAAAUAUGUUGAUACGUAAUCCAAUUGAUAGAUGUUCAUUAGUAGAUGUUGCUAAUACUGCUCAAAAUCUGUUACCCAUGAAAUUAGAAUAUUUAAAAAAUGAAGAGAAAACUGAAAAAAUUUAAGUUUAAAUGUUAAUUUAAAUAGAUUACUUCAAUUUCUUAAUUAUAACUUGAAGAAUUAGACAAAUAUUUAAAAGAGAAGAUAAAAAGAAAAUAUAUAAUUCAUAUGAUUUUGAAUUAACAAGUUGUAUAAUAAAUGUUCUUAUAUUAUUUGGAAAGAAUUAAAAGAGAAAAUGUGAUACAAUUAUAUAUUAAUCUAUCUCCUUAGAUGAUUUCUGAUAAUUUAAUAGAAUAAAUGAUGGCAAUCAUAAUUGAAUAUAAGAAUUUAUAAUAACUUGUAAUUAAUAUGAAAGGAUGUUCAAUUAGUGAUGUUGCUUAUUAGUAUAUAAUUAACCAAGCUAAUAUAAUAACUCAAUUAAAACAAUUAACAUUAGGAAUAAGUGGAAUUUAAAUAAUUUAGAUUCCUGAAACUAAAAUUAGAGUGGUUGUAUAUAACCAAUGA